AGAGAAAAAAAAAAAUAUUCACUUUGUUGUUGUUUUGGGUUUCAUCAGGAGAAGGAGAAGGAGAAAGUUUAGGUUUUUGUGUGUGUUUUGAUUCAUUUUUAGUGAUCGAUGGAUUAUAACUCAGGUCGUGGUUAUGAUGAUGAUGAUGACUCAUACCAUCGUCACCAACAAGACAAGCAGAUACCAGAUUAUGUAGUGGAGACUGUUGAUGACAGGAGGAACGGUGGUGCUCCAGCUGUUGUAGAUAUUGGUGGGAUGCAAGUGAAGCAAUCUAGUGACCAUCGUCAUUCUUCUUCGUCCAUGUGUUCUCCUGGGAAACUAUUCGUAGGUGGAGUUUCUUGGGAAACAUCUGAAGAAAAUUUUGCGAAGUACUUUGGGAAGUUUGGAGAAGUUGUAGACUCGGUAAUCAUGAGAGAUAGAAUGACUGGAAAGCCUAGAGGAUUUGGGUUUGUGACUUUUGCUGAUUCUGUUGUAGCAGAGAAAGUUUUGGAGGAAGAGCAUGUAAUAGAUGACCGGAAGGUUGACCUGAAAAGGACAGUUCCUAGAGGGGAUAGGGAAACUGAUAUCAAAGCGGUAUCAAAAACUAGGAAAAUCUUUGUUGGUGGACUUCCACCAUUUUUAGAAGAAGAUGAGCUGAAGAAGUAUUUCUGUGUAUAUGGUGACAUAAUUGAGCAUCAGAUCAUGUACGACCACCACACUGGAAGAUCAAGAGGGUUCGGUUUUGUAACCUUUCUGACUGAAGAUUCUGUGGACAGACUUUUCUCUGAUGGUAAAGUCCAUGAGCUCGGUGACAAACAGGUCGAUAUAAAAAGGGCUGAACCAAAGAAAACCGGAAGAGAUAACAGCUUUCGCUCCUAUGGCACUAGUGGUGGCAAGUAUGAUCAGGAAGAUUGUUAUGGUGGGCAAGCAAAUGAAGAUUACGAUAUGUAUGGUGGUUAUGGUGGCUAUGGCGGUUAUGGAUCAUACGCUGGGAACUCCAUGGUUAAUGCUGCUGGAUUUUAUGGUUACGGUGGUGGGUAUGGCUAUGGUUAUGGUUAUGGCUAUGGAGGUCAAAUGUUUAACCCUGGCUAUGGAGCUGGCGGUUAUAGCCAUAUGGGUGGUGGCUAUGGUGUUACUGCCGCAGCUGCUUAUGGAGGUGGAAAAGCUCAUGGAGACGGUAACAGUGGCAGAGGAAAUGGGACCAAUGGUUUAGGGCCAGGUCGAUACCAUCCUUAUCAGAAGUAAGAACUUCCGGCUGUUGCAUAGACUUUGUAAAAAGAAGUUUUUUUUUUUGGUUUUAGUUAUAAGGAACAGGUAAGAUAUAGAUUGGGAUGCUUCACCAAUUCUUCACAUUCAACUUCUGUGAGAGGGACCUGUUUGAAGCCAAGUCUGUUUUGUGACAAAGGGUGUUUAACAAUAUAGUUGGUAUUGAGAUUAUUUCAUAAAUUUUAAUGUACGAGUAUGAUUGAACUUAAAU